UCAGCAUACUGCUACUGUUACAGAAUACAGUAUAUAUAGUAUAUAUUUUAAGACUAAUAUACUUACAGAAAAUAUAUGGCGCACUUAACAAAGCAGAAGCUGUAUCGCAGUUAUAAGAAGUCGGACAAGCUGCUAAGGAGGCAGACCAUAGCAUGAGAUGAAACAAAACCUGUAACUGAUCCUCCGCAGUGUUUCGUUUCGAAGAGUGACGGAAAAUUUAAACAAUCUAGCGCCCAGUUAAACUGCAGUCAGGACCACAGUGUCUCCACUUACUCCGUGUAUCUGCUUCGCCUAACCCUGGCGUCAAGGCUUAGAUCCCCAGCGCACAGAAAGAAGCUGGGAUGAAGAUUUUGGGAAGCGAAAUGAUCCGGAGCUCUAACACAUACGCAUUUUACUGAAUGGCUCUCUUACUUUUUUCACACCAAAUCUGGUUUACUUGCAGUGCAGGUAGCCCCUAUACCUUAUAGAUUACGGGACAGCAGGGUGUGUGGAGUGAUUUUCUCCAUGGACCUUUUCCGUUUAAGUCAGUUUACAGUAUACAGUAUGUUAAGGAGAAGGGUUUAGCGGUUUGGGAUCUAUUUUGUAGUAAAAUACACAUUAAACAACAGCGCUAUAUUUUAGUCUAGAUUUCGUUUACCUGCACUUCACUGCUAGUGUCUUGCGAUGGGCACUGUGUUGGCAUUGGUUUUGCUCACCGGUCUCGGGGCUAUUUGGGGAUGCCAGCUGCCCCAUGACUGGAGACCCCAGACCGAAUCCUGCCGAGCGGAGCUAGCGGAGAUAAUUGUUUUUGCUAAAGUCUUGGCCCUCCACAAGGAUUCUUACAGCGUAUACAACUACCUUCCCUGGCAGUACGACACGGAUCUGUUUUAUUCCGCCGAGAUCGAGCUGCUAUGCGACCAGGCAUGGGGAAGCAUGCUGGAGGUGCCCGCCGGCUCGAGGUUCAAUGUCACCGGCCUCGGGUACUUCCCGUGUUACACGUACGCGGUCAUGGAGAACAAUGCGUAUUAUUUCUUCCUGAGGAUGGAUGAGAAUUAUAAUAUAAUCCCACACGGAGUUAACUUCCAGGAUCCCAUAUUCCCAGACACACCAGAAAACCAUCGUAUGUUUGCAAGCCUCUUCCAAUUUGCCAACUGCUCCAGUGGAACAUUUAUCCACACCUACACCCCUUACUGGGAAGUCCAGGAGGACAGUCGGCUGCUUUGCUCCACGGUGCAGAAGGCGCUUUUUGAGGAGGAGGAGCGGGUGAAGACACUGUCGCAGAAGGUUCGAUCACUUGAGAAGGCCAACAACCACCUCAGGGAGAAGGUGAAGAACAUGAAAAGACUUCUGAGGCAGGCCAAGAAGGACACCAUACAGCAGAGCCUUAUUCUUAAACAGCUGCAUGACAAUGAGCAGGCCAUUGAUAAGAACACAGACCCAAAUCAGGACACCACCCAAGAUGUCCUGAAACCUCACAAGAAAGUCAUGAGCAAGAAACCGAAAAUUUGAUUUCCACAUUCUAAGUCUGUCUGAAAAGAAAACUUUAAAUCCCACAAUCAUAUUCUGAGUUUUCAUACUGAGUAAUUCUUGCACAGAGAAUCUUGCAUAGAGUGAAUACAGUAUUUUGCUUAAGAUUUUCAUUUGGCAAUAGUAUUAUGUAAUGUGUACACGUAUAUUUCUGCUGACACAGAGCACAUGCAUAGUCUUUAUGUUAGCUGGGAAUGAAGGAGUGCUUUAAGGUUUCAGAAAAUCAUCCCAAUUAUGAAUGAAUUUACCUGUUUCCUUAUCAAGAUCAACGAUUAAAUAAUAAUCUUAAUAAUAACAAUGAUAAAAACAAUACAUUGUAAUAUGUAAAAUGUCUUACUUUUUUAAAAUACAGUCAACAACUUUCUGGAAGCAUUUAGUAGCGAGGUUUGUUUCUAGCCUUAACAAAUUCAUUAGUGGUUUCACGAACACAUAUCAGGAAUACACCUACAGUACCAUAGUCAAAAUUGCUUGACUUAAAGUGUCUAGUUUCUGGUUUAUCUGGGUGUACAGCAAGUAUCAUGACUUACUUGCCAUAUAGCCAUAUCACCCUGCAACUCACAACUGGCAGCCCACUGAAGCCAAGCAGGUGUGAGCCUGGGCAGUACCUGGAU